AUGAAGGCUUCACUUCAGAAUCUGCCCGUCGAGGUCUUGUCGGAAAUCUUGGGCCACUUUUGCCCCCACUGCCGUGGUGAGUCCCAAGAACUCGUCGGCGUCGCGUUCAAACGCGAGAACCCAGGCCCCAGGCUGGACCGCGCCGAAAGGUCUUGGUUCGCGUUGGAUAGGGUUGCACUCUCGUCUCUCAGCAUCUCCUGCAAGGCCCUGCGUCCUUUAGCGCAGGGUAUUUUGCACCACGAGUUUUUACUUGGAUCCGUCGACGCAAUUUGGUUGAGGGCCGAUGACUUUGACAACCGGCUCGCGCCGUUUAUGCGCACCGUUGUGCGGCGAAGAGACCUAGCAGCUAGAGUUCGCAAGGUUACCAUUCAUCCCUUGCCCGGGAUGAGUAUCAACGUCGAUCAACUCCGGGACCUGCUGCUCGAGUCGGCAACAGUUCUCGGGAUCGAUCUGGUUCAGGCUUGGAAGCGUCGCGCAGAGGAGGCCUCGGCGGCUAUCGGAACUGGGCGGCGGGAUCGAUCGUUUCAGACGCGCGAUAAAAUCCUCCGAAACUUUUUGAAACCCCGGGCCAACGCCCGCCUACGGGGUCGACUGGGUUCGGGGAGCCCUAUUGACUUCAGGUUCCUCGGCGGCGAACUCAUCUCCAUGUUUAUUGCUCUCCUCCCAAACAUGGAUCACCUCAGUCUCUGGCAACACCGACUGGCUCCACUAUACUUACGUCCGGAGGCAUUUCGGUCUCUGGGGAUCACUGGCCUGCCCAAGUUGAAAACGUUCGAGACAGACGCCAAUCCCCAUACUCUAUUGGCCUUGUCACCUGGCUUGGAGACGCUCAACAUCCGCGAGUAUCUGCCCUCCCCGAACCAAGACUUCGACCUACCCAAUCUCAAAACCCUUCGCCUCGCUGGCAUGGCCUGCAAAAAGUACAACCUCUUGGGAGUCCUACCCAUCAUAUCCAGGUGCACCGGAGGCCUCAGUGCCUUUUUGUACGAAGAGAAACACUUGGCGGUGGAUGGCCGUGACCUUUACAAUUUCACCCCCUCGCAAGUGGUCGAUGCGUUGAAGCCUCAUCGUGAAACACUGGAAACACUUCACCUCCAUAAUCGGAAAAUUGACUACAAAAAUCCCCCAAACCCUACCUUUUUCGGUCUCAACGACUUUUCCUCGCUACAACGUCUACAUGUUUCUACGCCGGCUAUAUUCUCCUCACCACCUGGCGACUUAUAUACUCGAACCCCCGAAAAGGACCGUGAUCGUAUCUGGUCUCGUAUACCGUCUUCGAUUGUCUCUCUCCAUCUGCUCGACGCCGCAACCAUACAACCUGAGCGCGUUCAAGAAGGACUCAUAGGACUCGGCGAUAUGAAGAAAGCCCAACCCGAAAUGUUUCCACGUCUUGUGCAGCUUCAUCUUGUAGUUCUACACAAACUGGAUGAAGCUGUCGAUCAUAUAAUGGAUGCCGCUGGGAUCGCAUUGACGGCUGAAUUGUUUCGGAAACCUGCUGGGCCGCCGAGUGAUCCUAGAUAUCUUGGCCGUUAUUAUUGA